AUGGCCUCUUCUGGUGUAGUGGGGAACGAAGAAUGGAUGUCAGCUCAGAUUCUGAAAGCUACUGGUCCUUUGUCUUCUAUCUUUUUUGUUCCUGUUAUAUUUUUUGGUUCGUUUUGCCUCCUAAAUUUGAUGCUAAUUGUUGUGAUAAGUACUUAUGAAGCUAUGGUUUCUGCAUAUGAGGCUAAAUAUCAAAAAGUAUCAGCAUACACAUAUCAUACUUAUUUCCAGUUUGAUAUCAGUCAAUUAUCAUUAUACCCUUUGCCAACUAACAGAGAAACUUUAAGGAAAGUAUUUAGAGAAAGAGAUGAUUUGUUAAGCCAUCGGGAAGCUGUCCAACAAACUUGGGAAAUGUUAAAAAAUUUAAUGAAUUUAUCUCAGAGUAUUCAGCAAAAAAUUGAAAAAAAGCAUGCUCAAAAUAGGGUUAUUUUUAUUCCAAAAAGUGCAAGAAAUAUUCAGAAUGAAAGACAAACAAUUUUAAAUAGAUGGAUAAAUUUCACUGAAAAAGUUAAAGCAAUUAGUGAAAGCUCUCCAUUUCGUUGGUUUAUUCUACUUACAGUUUGUAUAAAUGCAAUCUUUCUUGCCUCAGAACAUGCAAAUAUGUCCCCAAAAGUUGGUGAAAUUCUGGAUAUUGGAAAUAUGUUGAAUUUAUUGAAGUUUCAAAAAGCUUGGUUUCCUCUUCAAAGAAUUUCAACUGUAAUUGUGAAUUCUUUGGGGCGCAUUGUUCGACUAAUAAUUGUGGUAUUUUUGUUAAUAUUUGUGUUUGCGAUAAUUGGAAAUCGUGUGCUUGGACCUUUAUAUCCUUAUACAACCACUUUAAGAUGGUCUUUUAGAACAUUUGAAGAAUCUCUUUUCAUGGUUCUUUGGAUAUUUACUGGCGAAUGGAUUAACAGUCUAUGGAAUUGUAUGCAUGAAUCAUCUAACUCUGUUUUAUGUCCAAUAAUUUUCAUCACUUACUAUCUUAUAGGCAAUCUUGUUAUAAUCAGUGUGUUUGCUGCAUUGCUCCUGAGAUCAUUCAGUGAUUUAGGCAUUCAGAGAAGGUUUCCUUUUUUUCCAGAAAAAAAAUUUAAUUUCAAGCGUUAUAGUAAAUAUGUAUGGAAAUACAUUCCUGCAUUCUUUCAUAAGAAGGAAAAAUCAAAUAUUAAUGAUUAUGGUGAUAAAAAAAACUCUGGAAUUUCAUCAAAAAGAACUUCAGAUGAAUUUUAUUCAGAAACCAAGCAGAAGAAUAAAUUACAGCUUGUUAAAAAGUUUAUACAGAGUUACAAGUUUGAAGUUAUUGUGAACAUAAUUAUAAUUAGCAGCUGCCUUGUUAUGGUGCUUCAUAAUACUAAAAAUGAGGAAGAUUAUGAAAUGAAUCAAUAUAUCACAAUUUUUAAUAUUAUAUUUACUGUUUUAUUUAUACUUGAGAUGCUGUUGCGAUGGUUUGGAAAUGGAAUCGUGAAUUAUUUCACAAGUGCUUGGACACUAUUUGAUUUCUUUAUAAUUGUUGUAUCAGUAGUGCAAGAUUUAUAUCUUUACCUCUCACAAACUCGCCAUAUGGUCAACAGCUUAACUGUUUUUAGAUCACUAAGAUGUUUAAGAUUACUCUAUAGAUGGCAUGAUAUAAAGCUAAUCAUUGGAGCCCUUGUUUUGUCUAUCCCUGGCAUUUUCCAUACUUUACUUGUAGUCAUGGUCAUAUGGCUGCCAUUUGCCAUAAUGGGUAUACAUUUUUUUGCUGGAAACUUCUAUAGAUGUGUAGAUCGCAACAAUCAACCAAUUGAAGAGCAAGCAAUGAAUAAAUCUGAAUGCAUUAAGAAUGGUUAUUUUUGGAGUAAUUCAGUUUUUAAUUUUGAUCAUAUUGGAAACAGCUAUCUGUCAUUGUUUCAAUUGGCUAUGUUUACUGGAUGGGAUUCUUUAGUGCGACUUAUGGUAGAUUUUCGAGGGCCCGAUUUAGCACCAGAAAAAGAUUAUAAAAAAGAAUACUAUAUUUUUGCUGUUAUCUUUGUCUUUGUUGGUGGUUUCUUUAGUCUUAAUCUUUUUCUUGGUGUUGUUGUAAAUACCUUCAAAUAUAUGAGGAAAGAAAUGGAAGGUGGUGAUAUUGAAAUAUUGUUAACUAAAACUCAAAAAGUCUAUUAUCGUGCUAUGAUUAAAUUUAGUAGAAGAUCACCCAGUGUUCUUGUUGAACCUCCUACGGAUAAAUUUUCUCAGUUUUUUUAUAUAAUUUCUACAAGCUGGUGGUUUAGACUGAUUAUCUUUGUUGUCAUAUGUGCAAAUGCUACAGUUGUUGCUAUACAAUUUCAAGCUAAACUUGAAUUUAUUGCACAUAUUCGCAAAAUUUGGGAAGCUGUGAGAUAG